CCCACACACACACUGCAAAAAAAAAAAAAAAAAAAAAACCUGCAGAAAGUUCAACAAACAAAACAAAACAAUCCCACCUCCGCUCCUGCGCUACGUGUCCCCCCGGCUCUUUUUAGCCUUAAUACCGUUAAACUCCACCGCCACCACAAAAUUAUAAAAUUAAAAAAGAAAAAAAAGUCACAACCAACCUUUUCAAUUAUCUAAAGAUCAAGUUAUCAACUCAGCUAUUUUGUUCUCUUGAAGAGCAGAUACUACACUUGAUCUUUGAUCAAAUCAGUAGAUCUUGGCCUCUGAUCUUCUUCUGAGAGUCGCCAUGGCGGCUCGAUCUCGUCCUCUGCUUCUGCUUAUGGCGGCGGUGUUCUGUCUGCUCGCCGGAGCUGACAAUGCGGCGGCGAUUACGCUGUCUGCGAGGGUCAUUCACCGCUUCUCCGACGAGGCCAGGCUUCUUAGGGCUCCGAGGAAUGGGAGCGGGAAUGGCGGAGAGCUAUAUGCCUCUACUUCUUCUUCUUCGUCUUCGGCUUCUUGGCCUCGGAGAAGCAGUGUUGAGUAUUAUCAGAUGCUUUUCGCUAGCGAUGUUCAGAGGCAGAAGAUGAAGCUCGGCUCUCAGUUCCAGUUUCUGUUCCCCUCCGAGGGUAGCCAAACGAUUUCGUUUGGCAACGAUUUCGGCUGGUUACAUUACACAUGGAUUAACAUAGGAACGCCUAAUGUCUCCUUUCUGGUGGCAUUGGACGUUGGAAGCGAUCUGCUUUGGGUUCCUUGUGAUUGCGUUCAGUGUGCUCCAUUGUCAGCCAGUUACUAUAGUAGUUUGGAUAGAGACCUAAAUGAGUACAGUCCAUCUGGCUCAAGCAGCAGCAAUCAUUUAUCUUGUAGUCAUCAGUUAUGUCAAUUGGGUCCAAGCUGUAAAAGUCCCAAGCAACCAUGCCCUUAUGUUGUCAGUUACUACACCGAGAAUACUUCAACUUCUGGUUUGCUUGUUGAGGACAUAUUGCAUCUUGCAGCAUGGGGAAAUGAUACGUCAAACAGUUCUGUUCAGGCUCCGGUCAUAAUAGGUUGUGGCAUGAAGCAAAGUGGUGGUUAUUUGGAUGGGGUUGCUCCUGAUGGUCUCAUGGGUUUAGGACUAGGAGAGAUUUCAGUCCCUAGUUUCCUUUCCAAAGCAGGAUUUGUGCGUAACUCGUUCUCAUUGUGCUUUGACGAGGAUAAUUCUGGCAGAAUAUUUUUUGGGGACCAGGGACCAGUCAAUCAACAGUCUACAUCAUUCCUUCCUUCAACCCCAAAUGGGAACUAUGACACGUACAUUGUUGGGGUGCAAGCAUUUUGUAUUGGCAAUUCUUGUAUGAAGCAGACAGGAUUCAAAGCUCUGGUUGAUAGUGGGACAUCAUUUACGUAUGUUCCACAAGAAGUGUAUGAAAAAGUGUCCAAGGAGUUUGACAGGCGAGUGAAUGCUACAAGAACUAGCUAUGAAGGAUAUCCUUGGAAGUAUUGCUACAAGACCAGUUCACAAGCCUUGCCCAAAAUUCCUUCUGUAGUGCUUGUGUUUCCUGCAAACAACAGCUUUGUGGUCUCUUAUCCCAUUUUUCCUAUAAAUGGCGAAGAGGGAGCCAUUGGAUUUUGUUUAGCCAUACAACCGGGGGAUGAAGAGAUUGGAACAAUUGGACAGAACUUCAUGACAGGAUACCGAAUGGUAUUUGAUAGAGAGGCCUUGAAGUUAGGCUGGUCAAGGUCCAACUGUCAAGAUCUUACAGAUGCCAAGAAUAUGAACUUGACACCACCAACAAAGGGGACACCAUCAAAUCCAUUGCCGACGAAUGAACAGCAGAGCACCCACGGCGAGCAUGCAGUUGCUCCUGCUGUUGCCGGAAGAGCUCCAUCCAAGCCAUCCGCUGCCUCAAUUCGGCUCACUGCUUCGCCAUCCUGUUUGUUAAGGUUGUCACUACUGAUUAUACUGUUACAUCUCGUUUUAGACGUUAAGGUUGAUACUGGCUUUUGCUAGAUGUCUAUGUAGUUCUAUAUGUAAAUGAAGUAUUAAUUUUUGUUUUCCACUCGCCUUUUCUUCUUCACGUCCAAUGCAAUCUUUAUGGCAUUAGUGUUUUUUUUUUUUUAGUCUUUAUGUGCCAUUGAAUUCAUUGGGGCUUCCUCUAGGGACAUCGGUUGUAUUUAGUUUGCCCUUAUCAAUAUAUAUGUAAACGAGUUUUUAAUGAUUAUAUUUACAUCGGCGGUUA